AUGCUGACCCGACCACUGAGACGACUUCUUGGUCGUCCCUUUGUUAUAUCCCACUUCCAUACUUCCCCAUCCUGGUCCUCAAAGGUCCUACGCCAGUUCAAGCUUGCUGACAUUGGCGAGGGUAUCACUGAAUGUGAGGUCAUCAAAUGGAGCGUGAAGGAAAAUAGCGCUAUCCAAUCCUUUGACCCGAUGUGUGAGGUGCAGAGUGACAAGGCCAGUGUGGAGAUCACCAGUCCGUUCGAUGGAAUCGUGAAAGAGCUUCUUGUGAAAGAGGGUGAGGUGGCAAAGGUUGGGCAGGGGCUGUGUACCAUUGAAGUCGAGGAGGAUGGGGAGGGAGAGGACAGUCCACAGCCAAUAGCACCUUCCUCAGAAUCUCCUGCUCCUCCUGCCCCACCACCUCCGCCACCGCCAUCAACUGAGAAACCUACAGAAGAGCAGUCCACACCACGACGCUUGCAUCCCCUAGACCCUAAUUACAAACCCGACGCUGUGUUCACGAAUGCUGAGAACGUACUCGCGACACCCUCCGUGCGGCACUUUGCUAAACGUAUGGGUGUUGAUUUGGCGAAUCUUUCUCCUGGAAGUGGGAGAGAUGGGAGGGUGGAGAAGAAAGAUGUAGAGAACUAUUUGUCUGGAGCGUCAGGUGUUGAUGCCGAUGGUAGUCUCAGCGUGAAGGCUCCUGGCGCAAGUAUGGGCGCUGAUGUGGUCGUUGAACUGGGGAGAACGAGAUAUGGGAUGUGGAAGGCAAUGGUAAAGAGCUUGGAAAUACCUCAUUUUGGAUACUCUACAACACUGGACAUCACAGCACUAAACAACAUGUUACCCAUCCUGAACGCACACAUACCUUCGCAUUAUGCUCCUCCCCCAAGCACACCUCUUCCGCCGCUCUCCAUCAGCCCUUCAGCACUCUUCCCUGCUCCUUCCCCUCCAAGCGUUUCACCAUCCGGCCAAUACACCAAACUAACCUACCUCCCCAUCCUCCUCAAGACGCUCUCAAAAGCCAUGCUUGAGUGGCCCAUCCUCCGUUCGUCCAUUACCCCAGACUCCAUUGCAGACGGACGCAAACCCACCCUCACUAUCCGCCCCCAGGCCGAUAUCAGCAUCGCGCUCUCUACGCCCACGGGGCUCUACACCCCCACCAUCCCCUGCGUUGACGGACACUCCAUCUACGCGCUCGCCUCGCGCCUCAAGCACCUCGCACACGCGGGACGUCAGACGCCCUGCGCGCUCACGCCUGCCGAGAUGCCCAAGCGGGGCGGGACGAUCACGGUGUCGAACGUGGGCGCGGUGGGCGCUGGGGAGUUUGCGGCGCCUGUGCUUGUCCCUGGUGGGGGCGUGGCGAUCGUGGCGGUGGGGCGCGCGAAGUGGGUGUGGGAUGUGGAGAGGGGUGAGGGGAAGGGGGAGAGAAGGCUGAAGGUGGGGGUGAGCUGGAGUGCGGAUCAUAGGGUGCUGGAGGGCGCGGAGUUGGCGGCGUUUGUGGAGACGUGGAGAGGGUAUGUAGAAGCUCCUGAGCGGUUGAUUGCGGAGGGAGUGUGAAGUGAAGAGGGAGAGAACCAUAAAGUGGAAUGAGUGGGUAAUGUUUUGAAAUGUCUGUACUGAUAUAUGAAAUGGCGAAGAUUCUGGAUUUUU